AAACAACUCAUACAAGUCGGAAACAAUUCCAACCGUUAACUUCCAGCCCCAGGCACCUAAACAGCAAAUCCAUGUCAUUGCCAAAAACCCACAACACCAACACGCAUGAAUUCAAGAACAUGCAUGGAUUUGCCCAUUCUUUGACAUCACCAUCAACUUUACCCCUAAAUUCAUUUCCCUUUCCCUCACUAAAAUCGACUUCUUCAGCAACCCUUUGCAGAAUCGGGUAUGGGCAUAAGAUCGAACGGUCCGUGUGCACAGCUCACGCCUUUUUACACAGUUACAGAAGAUAUUAUCACUACCGCAAGAAGAAGAUAGGAAAUUUUAGACGUUGCCAGGUUACAGCGAGUAGGAGGGAGUCCCCAUACGAAGUUCUGGGGGUGUCGCCUUCUGCUUCCACCAAAGAUAUCAAAAGGGCUUAUCGAAGACUUGCUCUUAAGUAUCAUCCUGAUGUAAACAAAGAGGCUGGUGCUCAGGAAAAAUUUAUGAGGAUUAAGCAAGCAUAUAAUACACUGCUGAACUCUAAAUCGAGAGGGAGAUAUGAUUCUGGGAAUCAGGGAUCUGAUUUUUCUUAUUCUGCAACUGGAAGUUACAAGACAAAUACUAGAGAAGCUGGAGAAGAGUUCUAUGGCUUUGGUAAUUUUUUGAGGGAUGUACAAAUAACACUAGAGGACUUCUUCAGAGAUCUUCAGGAAGAAUUUCGCAACUGGGAGACAAAUGCUGCUACACAAGGAAAGCCAAAGAGCUUGUGGGAAGAACUAGCGGAAAUUGGAGAAGAGUUUGUUGAGUUCUUAGAGAAAGAGCUGAACAUCACGGAUGCAGAGGCAGUUGAAAACAAUGAUGAUACAUCUUCAAAGGGAUAUGCAUCGUAUGGAACAAAGGAAGCUGCAACCGCUGAUCAGAAGAAGGCUGAUGAAGGGAGCAGCAUUGAUGACAAUAUAGAUGAGAUUGAAGCAGCCCUUGCGCAAUUAAAAAAGGAAUUGGGUCUCUAAGUGAGAGCAAGCUUCGAAAUCUUUAAGUAAGGAUGGAAAUGUGAAUAUGUGAAUGCUUCAGCCCCUCUUCACUUGGAAUGAUAUCUCAAGUUCAGUUAGCUCUUGAUAUUGCACAUGAGCAGCCUGCUAGCAUAGGGGCUACUGGAUCGCAGUGGUGUUGCAGAGUUCUUUUCUGUGUACGAUUUCACGUAGUUGUACCUUUUUUAAUCAUUUUGGUGGUGUUGUGUUUACCUUAAAUAUAUCUUCAGGAGAUUUCAAACAAGUAUAAAUACAUAAAUUUCUUAUUUGAGUGA